UUAGAAGUGGAUUAAAGGGAAGAAUCAUGCUAGAAAAAUGAACUGUAGAGUGAAAAGUUCAAUACGGUGAAAUAUAGCAUUGCCUCUAACGUUUCAAUGCCAUUUUACACAGGGUUCUUGUAUGUUCCAUAAUCUAUAACUCCUAUCCAAUGAACUUUAGAAGAUUUACAUAAUAUUCAUUAGGCUAUACCAAUCAACAGACCAGCAGGGGUGAGCAGACUUCUUUUUGAACAUUUAGUACCUUAUAUCUCCACUGCCUAAAAAAAGGGUUGUUGGGAGAAAACUGUUUUUUUAAUGAUAUUUAACUAAUUCUGGAUUAUAUUUGUAUUACCUAUUUUAAUAAAUGUUUUUGAUCAUUUAACACAUCUAACUGCAAAAUAUGAUGCUAUUUGAUUGUAUAAUUAAAUUUUACUGCUUGAAUAUGUAAAAAUGACACCCCUAAUUGUGCAAUUAGUUUAUUUCAUAUAAAUUUCAAAGAGCGCAUGCGCAUCGAAGUUUUAGGAAUUUCGCAUGUGACGACGAAAACGUGCAUUGAGGGAAUCAGCCUAAGCCGCCUAGGUGGAUAGUAAAGAUUUUGAUUUGUUCGGAGGUAAAAAAAAAGUCAGUUACACACAUCAAUUUUAAGAGGACAUGUAGACAAAUUGCUACUGAAAUAAGAGCUGAAUAUUGGGUACGGAAGGGUCAGGACCCACCAUGGGUGGAGAAGAAACAUAUAAAUAGUUACAUUGGUUAUGGGCUCUUUGCAAAAAGACAAUUUGACAAAGGAGAAUUUAUUAUUGAGUACAGGGGAAGGAGAAUGACACAAUCAGAAUGUGAUCAAGAAAUACCAGAGGAAUCCCCAAAACGAGAUUAUGUCUAUUUUUAUAGACAUCAUGAAGUUAACUACUGCAUUGAUGCAUCUGAAUCAACAUCCCUUGGAAGAUUUGCAAAUGAUGCUGUAGGACCACUGCAAAAUAGCUAUGUUAAGAAGAUACUUAUUAAUGGCCUUCCUUACUUAUGCCUCUAUGCCAAAAAACAAAUAUCUGUUGGUGAGGAAAUUAGGUAUGACUAUGGAAAUCAGUUUGCUCCAUGGAGGACAGCCAUACAGUGCCCUGAAGAAACAGAUGCUAUGAUAUUGCUCCAAAGUUUAUUGGACGGUAAUCCACAAUUGGGGACAAGUGUUGAAGAUAUAGGGGAGGUGAUGGGUUCUGUGUUUGAUGCUGAACUAGAUGCAAGUGAGUCAUCCCCUGGGAUACAGACAUCAGACGUAUUGGUGAGGGAUAUUGAGUCUAAUUCCAAAUCAGAUGAAGGGAAUCCACAAUUGGAUACAAGUGUUGAAGCAGAAGAGGUGAUGAGUCCUGUAUUUGGUGCUGAACUAGACACAAGUGAGUCAUCCCCUGGAAUACAGACGUCAGAAGUAUUGGUGAGAGAUAUUGAGUCUAAUUCCAAAUCAGAUGAAGGUAAUCCACAAUUGGAGACAAGUGUUGAAGAUCUAGGAGAGGUGAUGGGUUCUGUAUUUGGUGCUGAACUAGAUGCAUGUGAGUCAUCCCUUGUAAUACAGAAAACAGCAAUGCCUGCAUCUGAUGUAAAUCACCUGAUGGAUCGUGUGUCUGAUGUGGCCUUUCAUGUAAUGGAGAUACAGACAUCAGAAGUAUUGGUAAGAGAUAUUGAGUCUAAUUCCAAAUCAAAUGAAGGUGUUUCACAAUUGGAGACAAAUGUUAAAGAUCUAGGAAAGAUAAUGUUUGCAUCUGAUAUAAAUCACCUGAUGGAUCAAGUGUCUGAUGUACCCUUUCAUGAAAUGGGAAUACAGACAGCAUCAGAAGUACCAGAAAGAGAUAUUGUGUCUGAUUCUGAAUCGGAUGUAAGUGAGGUCUUCCCUGUUAUUCCGACAACAAGAGCAACAUGUGAUGAGGAGCAGAUAGAAAGCCUGAUAGAAGGUACAGAAGAGGACACCAGUAAAUACACAGUUGACAACACUGGUGAAGACACAAGUGUAGACACAGAGGAGUGUAAACAGAAACCGUACAAGAAACCUUAUAGAUACUGUAUAUUUUGUUGGAAAAUGAUGUCCAAGUUAUCACAGCACAUAGCUCUUGUACAUAAAGACAACAUACGUGUGCAAAAAGCAUUAAAGCUUCCAAAAGCAGAAAAGGCUGAUGCAUUUGACGUGUUCAAAAAAGAAGGAAUUACAGAUUUCAAUAAACAGCAAGCCAGAAUGGAUUUACCAAGAUAUGAAAGGGAGAGGGUUGCUUCUUCAUCAAAACAGGCUGGGGCAUUGGUACAGUGUGGGACGUGCAAAGCAUUUUUAUCAAAGAAAUAUUUAAGAAGGCACAUAAAGCAGGUGUGUCAGCCAAAAUCAGAAGCCGUAGCUUGUGCUGUUUCUUUGCCUGCAAGUUUGUUGGCUCUUAAUAAUGAUAAUUGGGAUGAAUUUGUACAGAACAUUUUAUCAAAAUUCAGAACUAAUGACGAAGCUGGGAAAAUGUGUGUCAAAGAUAAAGUGUUGAUGAACAUUGGAAAAAGGCUAUGGUCGAAACAAAAGAGGAAAGUGGAUAAGGCAGUUGAGGUAAGGAAAUCUGUCAUGGCAGAUAUGCGUCGACUAGCAUCACUCCAUAUAGCCUUCAGGAAAACUGAAGAGUCUCUUGGAGAACUCCCAGUGAAGACAGGUAAUGUGUCUGAUCUUCUACAAAGGACAAAUUUUAGACACUUAGAAGAGGCUGUGAAUGACUAUACAAAGUCCGAGUUGGGCAUAAAGGCAGGUUUAAAGCAGGGAUUAUUUUAUUUACUGAAAUCUGCCAGCAAAAUUGUAAAGGCAACUUACCUGAUGGAAGACAAAGAUGUUCUUGCUGAUGAGGUAGAUAAAUUUGUGGCUGUUUUAGAUUUAAACAAAAAUAUAAUGUUUGGCGAUGCCACAUACACCCUUAACAAACAAAGAGAAGAGAAAUUAAGAAGGCCAAGUGCACAGCCAGAGGAAGAAGACAUUAAGAAACUAAAACACCACAUCAUUAAAAGAAUGUAUGACAUAGUCACAAACGAUUUUGAAUUCUUUGACAUCCAUAAGUUUGUUGAAUUACGAGAUUGUGUUGUAGCAAGGUUAACGUUAUUUAAUGCAAGACGGGGGGGUGAGCCCAGUCGACUCCUCAUCAGUCACUGGACUGAUGCAGAAAGAGGUGUGUGGUUAGAUCAGCAGCAGGUGGACAGACUCGAUCCAUUAGACAAGGCAUUGGCUAAAGAAUUGAAGGUCGGUUACCAAACAGGGAAAGGGAAACAUUUGGUACCAGUGCUCUUUCCUAAAGAUGCACAUAUGCCUUUAAGAAAAUUAAUUGAUCCAGAUAUUCGGUCAACUGCAGGAGUUUUAGAAGAUAACAAAUAUCUGUUUCCCAGCACCAAUGGCUCUAUAAGCCAUGUCUCUGGAUGGCAUUCCGUUCAGAAUGUUUGUGAUCGCCUCGAUCUUCAAAAUAAAGAGAUGAUUACAGCAACAAAAAAUCGACACAGAGUUAGUGUGCUCUUCGCAUUAAUGGAUGUGCCAGAGACUGAGAGGUCAUACAUUUACAAACAUCUAGGGCAUACGGCAGAUACUAAUGUGCACAUCUACCAAGCCCCCUUGGCUGUCAAAGAAAUCACUGUUGUGGGAAAGAGGCUUCAGACUAUGGAUACAGAGACAUCAGAUGUUUUUGCAAGUUCGUCAUCAUGUACCAGUGAUGAACAACUCGAACGUAGUUCCUCUUGCACCAUAGAGUACCAACAUUCUUCCUCAAACCCAGAAGCUAAUACGGUACAAGUAGAUUACCAGCAUGCUGUCUCAAACCAGGGAGCUCCAGUAGUACAAGGUCGCAAGUAUACAAAAUGGAGUAAAGAUGAAGAAAAUUCUGUCUUGAAGUUCUUUUCAGCCUACAUGCAUGGGAAAGCUGAAAAGAGACUUCCAGGAAAAAAAGACAUUCAGAGGUUUUUGCAGUGUGAACCACACUUUAGGCAUGAUAUUCAUACCAUUCACACCAAGGUAAUGAAUGAAGUGUACAAACGUGAAAGGAGAGCCAAGGAGUUUGUUUAAGAGCAUUUAUUUCCUGUUAGACCAUCCAAUGGCAGUUGUUUGUUGUUGUUAUUGUUACAUUCUAAAAAUUGAUAAUAGUAAUAAUAGUAAAAUUUACGAAUUAAAUGAGACUUGCAUGUAAGUUGAAAAUUUGAUGACAAUUCUAUUCCUCCCAUCCUCUGGAUAGUAGUGGUUACAUGCUCGCCCUUUUGUGGUUUGUUUCACCCAUCCCUAUUUUGUGUUAGGAUCGACAGUUAAAUUAAAUUUAAUAGUAAAUAGUAAUCUAUUUAAUUCUCUAAACAUUCCAAUCAUUGAACUAUGAUCAGUGUUCCUGAACUGGUAUUUGAAAAUGAUCGUCAGUAUGCAUGCAAAGUCUCAUUUAAUUCUUAAAUUCUAUUCCUCCCCCCUGUGGAGGCAAUGGCUCCAUGAGAUGUUCAAAGCCAGUGUUCUUGCACUCAAAAUAAACACCCAAAUGUACAAUGAGCAGUGGUUUUAAUACCAACACACACGGUAUAAAAUUAAUUUGUGCUUUUGGAAACCAGGACAGGUUUGUUUUAAAACAUCUCCAAAUCUAAUUCUAACACAUUCAUUUGUAAAUGAUAUAUUCCGAAUGUCAAUCAAGUGCAAAGCUUGAACUCUUUGUGCAGCUAAUAGUGCCAAUAGCAUAACUGUUUUUAAAGUCAUUUGUUUUAGCGAACAAGUGAUAUUAUUCAUGCUCCUUAAAUGUUCAAGUACUAUUUGUGGAUCACAAGUGACAUUGUUUUUUUGCAAAAACUAGUCUCAGCUGGAAUACUCCUUUCACAAAUCUCUUAAUAAUGUUGAUUUGUCCAAUUGGUUGUCCAUUAAAGUAGAUAAAUGAUGACAAUGCAGACCUUAUAGUGUUAAUAGUACUGCAGCGGGCCCCUUUUUUGAACAGUUGUGCCAUAAAUUCUAGUAUUUCACGCACAUCUGAUAGGGAUCGACCUUUGCUUCAGUUGCAAAUCUGAAACAUUUUUCGAUGCAAGUUGAAUAUUGCUUUUGUGUAGAAUGUCGCCAUGACAACAUAAGAACAUGGACAACCUCAUUUGACAGUCCAUGGUGACUGAUUGCUUGCCUGUAAUCUUGCAAGCUAGUACACUAAAGUCAUUGUUGGUAGCUGCUGGACCGUCUUUUAUGAAGAACAAAAACACAAUCCAUUAAACAAUUAAAAGAACCAUGGCUGGGUUGUCCAAUAAGGGACAAUCAUCAUUACUUGGGGUGUUUUAUCCAAUACAAUUUUCUGAAGGAUUCUUCCUAUCAAGGAAGAAGGAGGAAAAAUGUUGACAUGACUUCCAGUUUUUUGAAAAAGCAUUUACUGCUGAUGCAAAUGGAUCUGUUUUCCAGGAGACAUAAUUGUCUAUUUGUUUGUUAAUCCUGGAAGCAAAUAAAUCCACCUGUCUUCCCCCACAGCUCACAUAAAUUUUCAAAUAUUGUAUGAUUCAAUUCCCAUUCUGUGUUUUCAUGAGACAUUCUACUGAGUUUAUCAGCUUCAAUAUUGUGUUUGCCUUGUAUAUGGCUAAAUGAUAACCACAAAUGCUUCUGGAUGCAUACUCCAUAUAUUUUAGGAAAUCACAUCCAAAUUGUGUAUUUUUCCUCCUACUGUAUGUUAUUAAUAUAUGUCAGCAGUUGUGUUGUCAAUGCUUAUUCUGAUAUGAACCAUAGUAUUGUUCUCACAAAACAUUAAUGUGUUCCUGGGACUCGGUCACUGACCAGAGACCACCAGUAUUGGAAUAAUUUGACCACUAACGUUUUUCAAUGUACCUCCCCAGCCUGAAUUUGAUGCACCACUAGUAAGGGAAAUUGCGUGGGGGUUUAUGAUAACAUUGUAUUUUGCUGAUGCAGUGUUUGUUAUCCAC